AGCGUUAACAUUUUUUCGAAUACAUUUGUGUUUCUUGUUGAGCCAUGAGUUUCAAAUUCACUUUUCUUCUGUGUUUGUUGUAUUGCGUCGAAUGUUUGGCGGAUAACUUUUUGAAGGAUUCUGCCGUUGGAGUCACUGUGAUCGACGACGUCUGCAAGCUGAAACCGAAGCUGACAGGUUACAGAUGUUUGGCGUACAAGGUUCGAUACUACUUUGAUCCCUCCUGUAUGUGCUGCAAGCAGUUCGUUUAUGGCGGCUGCUACGGCAACGGGAACAUGUUCCACACGGCGAGCGAGUGUAUGUGGAACUGCGCCAGGUGUAUUGUAUAGAGAUUAGAGAUGAUUUAU